AUCUAUUGACCGACAACCAGCCAGCGACCUACACAGAAUGCAGCCAGAUUAUCGAGACAUGAUCACAUGAACGACGCUCAAUGUUCAAGAGCCAUGCCCGAGUCCUCCAUGGCACAAGUGUACCUAGUCCUCUAGCCUUCCACACGACCUGUUGCCGGAGAGAAAUAUCUAUAAGUCAUCUGUUACGUGCGGAAAGAUGUCAUUCAGUGACCUCGUCACGAUGUGCAGCAUGCGAGAAGAACCUGGGCCAUCCUCACUAUCCGAGGCGGCCGUCAUACACGAAGUCACAUGCACGAUCUUCUGGGUUUCUCACGACGACUCCUUCCCUAGUUUCGAGAGAUGCCCAACAGUGGCGUAGCCAGAACUGUCAGCCCCGACAUGGCUUCCACACGAAGCCAGAUCUGCUCUUCCACCAAGGUCAUGCUAUACAAGGGGUCUCGCCCAGUCCAAAAAGAUCUGGGCCCUUACCUCCGGUAGGACCGCCUCGCGUUCCACCACCGGGUCCGCCCGCGCCUCGUCACCCUCAUGCCAAACCGGCGCCUCCCUCGGGGAGCAGGAGAAGGGUUGGACAUGUUGAGAACGACCAGCAGCAACAUUUGUCGAACCCGAUUGAGGAAAUGCGAAGAGAGAGGGAGCAAAAGUUACAGCAGCUUCGUAUUCCACAAAGAAUGGUACAAUGGGAUAAGAGAGUCGAAGAGGUUCUUUCCGUCGGUCAGCAAAAUCUGAACAAUGGCUCCAGUGUCACUCGGGCUACGAUCAGCAAUGAGGUGGCGCAGGCGAGGAAGACUGCACGCGCCCAUUGGCACGUGGAAAGGCUCAUGACGCCCCUCGAUAGACAACUAAAGCAGUAUGUUGCCAACAUUGCCAGAGUCAAAGACGAAUGCGGGCAACUACGGGGGGACAUACAAGCUAGUCGGAAAGCACACCGGAAGGCCCUCCGACUCUUUCAUCGUUCCGUCUUUCUACAAGCUAGCGAGGCAUUGGACAAUAGUCGGCGCGUCAAAGCAGUCAAUGACAAGCUUAGGGCAACCGCACAUCGUCUUCAAACUGUGGAGCAAGACUUCUCCAAUGAGAGCCUCAAGCCUUUGUUCGAUGACUUGAAGAGUGCCGGUUGGUGGGAGAAGCCAGCAGCGAACUUCCCGCUCCAAGGCGUCUCUCCACGUGGUGCUACUCCGAAGUCGCGUAAUGUCCGUCGAGCUUUGGCCGGGAUACUAUUCGCACGCGAGGAACUUCUUGACUACGCGCACAGCAUAAACAUAGACUUACAUCUUCUUCGAAGGGCCAGGAGGACCCGAGCUCUGUGCCGCCAACCAGACGUGUCCCAAUUUCGUUUUCGGGGCGACAGACUCUACCACACCGUGUAUCUUAUCGGUACAAACUUGGACUCGAUCACCAUACAUUAUCACCGCUUGCGUACGUGGCUUAGGACGAGUAGCGAAGACCGAUGGAAAGUGCCGUUCUAUACCCAAGAUCGAUUCCACAGACUAUUUGAGAGAAUGUCGGAAACGGUAUCAGCCAUGCGAGACGAGUACCACGAUCACCUCAGCAGCAUCACAGCCGUUGGGAUCAAGUCCAAUUUCGCUCUACAACAGGCUCAACUACUGGAGUUUCGAUCUCUCGUGGUCUGGCUGACAAGGUUCCAUGAUAUGAACACCAAUGUGCAGGAAGUCAUCGACAGCAGCAGUAUACAUUAUGCUACUCGCAGGAAUCUGCAGGAAUGGUUGAAAGAUUCCAAAGAACUGAGACGUGAAUUCUGGGACGCGGUAGAUGUGGCUAUCUCUUGGCGAGGUGCUGCCAAUAUUUGUUUUGGUAUCGUCACUCGGCCAUUUCAUCAGAGCUCGUUGAUGAUGAGCGCGACAACGACCACGAAAAGCAAUCUGCCACGCCCAACUGUGGACAUCCUUCCUGAGAAGCAGACACGACUUCCAUGGGCGGUAUCAGGAAAUCUGUAUCCAGAGGAAGGGGGAAUCCCUGUCCACUUUGUUACCACAGCCAACCAUGCAUCAAUGGUCCUGCAACGAUUUUCUGGCUGCAAAGUUGUGGGUCUCGAUCUUGUAGUGAAACCCAACUCAGACAUGCGUCUGGGUUCAUCGAGGGAUCAUUUCGACUAUCUGGUGUUGGCAAGUGGUCGCGAAGUGGCAAUCUUUCAUCUUGGGGUAUUGAGAGCAUCCGUGUACAGGAAAUCCAUCCUUGACGAUCCUGCUAUCUUAAAAGUCGGUGUCAACAUGCAAAAGCAACGCAAGUUGUUGGAAGAGCACUGUGCCAUCGACUUGAUAGGAUAUCAUGAUUUGACCCCCAAGACGAACGGUAGCGCCGAUGACCACGAAACAGAGCUUUCCAACCCGACAACUGUAUCAUCAGUGGUGGCCCGGAAGUUUGGGACGGUUUUACCAGAAAUCGAUCUAUCGCUUGCGAGUCUAUCUGUAUAUUCGCAAGACAACCCUCUCUUGGCAGAUCCUCCGCAAUUUUUCACCUCUCUCGCAUCUCGUGGCUAUGCAGCCCUGCAACUGUAUCACUCUGCCUGCCUCGCUGCGGGAGUCACUGAUCUGCCUGGGAUGGUCGCACCCGGAGCUUCUCAAGCUGUCUUUGGUCCCGUCUCGUUGCACACUACCUUGCGAAGAGUCAGUCUGGCGAUGGUAAAGCAUGUGUUCCGCGAGCAUAAAGAAAGAUUGCGGCGCAGCCACACCAUGUUGCGCAGUAUCCAGGCAUACUAUCUUUUCACGUCGUUCGGGGAAGAUUUGACAACGAUCAGGGCAUGCCUGCAAAUACCCAAUCCAGCUGCAGUGAUAUAUACAGUGGCUGAACAGUAUAAACUUCCACUCCGUGCGGAGUAUCGGGAAGGGCUUAAAGCAGCCAGGGGCUUUGUUUCAAACUCUGUCGAUGGUCUACAGGCCUUACCCUCUGGGACUGGCAUAUCCAAGGUCAAGGUUCGUGCUCGACGUGCGAAGAGCAACAAGGUUCCAAAGGCUGGUGUACAGGCUUUAUCGUCUAGAUCCGGGACCAAACAGCUCAGGACGCGUGCUCGACCAACGAAAAGCAUCACGGUCCGAAGGGUGGCCCCCAAACUCGUUCGGAGCGUGCGGCCCGAAAUCAUUCGUCGGGUGGCUGCUGACCCGUCCACUGGCGCCAAUGGUUCUGACCGGAACGGUACCCUUGAACGGCAUUCUCGUCCACCGAAAAGGUCGACACUGUCGAAGAAGUCCUUGGCUUCGGAGAGUUCAACAGACAAAGAUAGGGCAGCUCAGUCAAAGAGACGCGCCAAGUUGAAGAAAGUAGAGACCACUACGACAGCCGAGACAACGACGAACAUAAGGAACAAAGGUGAACAGAAAACUCAGGAGGAGGCAUCUGCUAUGGUUUUAAAGUCAACGACGAAAAAGACCGAAUCUGUGAGCUGGAAACCCUUGGCUACUGUUGAAAGUGGUCCAGCAAGUUCACCGAGCACGCUAGAGACGCGACGGCUUCCGAAAUCAUCCAGCUUCUGGAAAAGUAAACUGGCAAGGCGGGAAAGAGCAUCUGCAAGAAAAAUCCAUCAGUUUACGCCUUUCGGAGCGUCUUCAGAGGUUAGCAAGACUACGCUUCCUAAAGCGCCGCGGUCAGAUGUUCGAAGUAUCGCCCCUUGAUACACGCCGUGAUCGACGCCUGGCACUUGGCCUGGUCACAGGAACUUAUAAGAUGUAUGUGGAGUGGUGGACACAUGCUUAUUCACACCGCAAUGUACGGGCUCAUAUACGUCGAAUGAAACGCUCGGUGCCUCCCUACUGCCGUGAGGCUAAUAGUAGUCCAAUAGUGCCGGAUGGUGUAAUGAUUCCAUAUACAUGACAAAUCUAAACAUUUGUCCCAAUUCCCGUCAGGUUACAAUGUUUUAAGACCGUCCCCACCGUCUCCAGAACCGU